UUCCAUAAACAACUGGAAGAAAGUCAAUGCCACGGGGAGCUGGGCGGGGCCGGAGGAGCUAUAUAAGAGGGCCACUCUCCUUCGCACCACGUCACUCCUUCAGCAUCCCUCCUAUCACGAUGACCUGCAGGGUCGCACUCCUUCUUUCCCUUGUGGUUGUGGCCGCCGCACGCCCCUCCACAACCUACAGCGACCCUACCCCAUCCUAUCAAGCCCCUGCCCAUCCUACCCCAUCCUACCACGCCCCUGCCCAUCCCUCACCUUCUUACCACGCCCCAGCCCCCUCCUACCACUCCGCCGAGCAGCACCCUGAUGUCCCACCCCAGUACAGCAGCAACUACGCCGUGAAGGACGAUUACUCCGGCAACGACUUCGCCGGCACGGAGACUCGCGACGGUUACAACACCCAGGGCUCCUACCAAGUGCUGCUCCCCGACGGCCGCUUGCAGACCGUUACUUACUACGUGGACGGUGACUCAGGCUUCGUGGCCGAGGUGUCUUAUGAAGGAGAAGCUCAGUACCCCGAGACUUACGGCCACGCUCCCGCUCCUUCCUACGGCCACGCCCCCGCUCCUUCCUAUGGCCACUCCCCCGCUCCCUCCUAUGGCGACUCUCCAGCCCCAUCCUACACUCCUGCCCCCGUCUACUCCCCCGCCCCUUCCUACCACGCGUAAUGUCCUAAUUUAGUGACCAGUUUUUCUCCAGUGCCUUACCCAGAUUUCCCCCCGACCCUCUUGCCUACCUGCCAUGUACAUAUUCCUGUAUUUAAUUGAUUGAAGACGAGCCGCAAAUAUAUAAACUGGAUCCAUGA